CUGUCCUUUUAACCCUAACCUCCGCUUUCUCUCUCUACCCCUCCCUCCCUCUCUCUCUCUCUCUUCUGCAACUCUCUCUCUCUCUCUCUAGGGCGCCAUGAAUCGCAGGACAACGCGGAGGCUGAGUCGCAGAUCCGAGCCCUACCUGAGGUACCUGAAGCCCGGCGCCCUCGCCCAGCUCAGGGACUCCCGGAUCGUCAGCGCCCGGCUCCACCGCGUCGACUCCCUCCUCCUCCAGAUCCGCCCCACUCCGCCUCCGCCUCCGCCGGACCAGCACGGCCGGCCCCCCGCCGCCGCCGCUGACGGCCCGCCCUGCUUCGUCGGGAGGGUCUACGGGCCCCGCUGCCUACAGAGGAAGAAGCUCGUGGCCGCCGAGUGCGUCUGGUUCGCCGGAUCCGGCCCCGGGAGUCCCGCUCGGAGCGAGCCCGAUCCGGCGGCUGAUUUCUUCGGCGGCGGCGAUGGCGUCGCUGCUCAUUGAACAGGAUUUUAGAUCAGAUCCUCUUUUCCUUUUCCUUAUUGUUAGAUUUGCCUUGGUGUAGAGCAAUAAAUUUCGGUAGAUGUACUCCUUUCUUGAACAGAAAACAGAAAUCGAAUAGCGGCCUUGAUAUCCGACUUUUCCGUGCCGAA